AUGCGACGGAGCACUAACCUCUUCUCUGUCGCCUGCAAGAACUUUGUGUUGGUCAUCAACACGCAGAAGACGGUGGUGAUGCACCAACUGCCACCAAAAUCAGCCACUCCCCCCAACGCGCCGCAAAUCAACGUGAACGGAACCCAACUGCAAGUGGUGGGGAACUUCCCGUACCUGGGCUGUACCCCAUCCCGCAACACCAAGAUCGAUGACGAGGUCGCUAACAGGAUCUCGAAAGCCAGUCAUGCCUUCGGUCGCCUCCAAAGCACAGUUUGGAAUCCUCAUGGUCUCCAACUGAGCACGAUGAGGAAGAUGUACAAUGCCGUCAUCCUCCAGACGCUGCUGUACGGAGCAGAGACAUGGACGGUGUACCCGAGACAGGGGCGCCGACUGAACCACUUCCACCUCAUUUGUCUCCGUCGAAUCCUGAGGCUGAACUGGCAGGAUCGUAUCCCCGACACUGAUGCACUCAAACGGACGGGAAUCCUCUGCAUCUACGCCAUGCUGCGACAAAUUCAGCUGUGCUGGAGCGGCCACCUGGUGCGCAUGGACGACGAGAGGCUACCCAAAUGACUUUUAUACGACGACGUCGCGACGGGUCCUCGCUGCCAAGGAGGCCAAAUUCGCCGUUACUAGGAUACCCUGAAGUUCUCCCUGAAGCGUCUACAAAUCAACCCGACCAACUGGGAAGAGCUCGCUCGCGAUCGUCCGACAUGAAAGAGAACAGUGAAGACGGGCGCUGCUAUCUACGAAACCAACCGCAUCGCCGCCGCCAAAGUGAAACGCGAAGCCCGCAAAUCACAAUCUCGCCCAGUACGCAACGCCGCUGCACAACCGCUCCCUACGUGUCCUCGAUGUCAACGGACAUUCCGGACACGAAUCGGACUUGUUGGACAUCUUCGGAUCAACUGCACCUCUCGAACUGCUCCAGCCAUCCUCGCCCGCCUCUUCCUCGUCCUCUCUGCCGCCAAUUCUUCUGAUCCUCCACUUCCAUCCUCUUCCUCCUCCUCCUCCUCCACCACCACCACCACCACUGCCCCAACGGCGGCCGCUCAGGCCACCGUCUCGCACAUCACCAACCCCGACACAACAACCGACACCACCCCCACCUACCCCGACUCCAGCGAUGAGGAUCAGGACUACACCUGCCCUCACUGCGACCGCAACUUCAUCUCACACAUCGGCUUGGUCGGUCACUUGCGAAUCAAUCACACAGAGACUGGCGGACCAGUGCCUGGAGCACCAACCUAUACCCACCAAGCUCGACUCAACUGCCCACACUGCCCUCACACCUUCAGGCAUCGCAUGGGCCUACUCGACCACAUGCGCAUCCACGACGACCUGCGGUAG